AUUCAAUAUUCUAUGGUAAACCUGGUGGUCAAAAUAAUGCAACUUGUUCUUAUCUUGGUAAUGUUGCUAUACAUAAAAAAGAUAGAACUUAUCAAGGGCUAAAAAUAUGUGAAUUUGCAAGUUCAGAACUUCAAGAAAUGAAUCAUGUAUCAAUAGAUGAUUUAUAUCUAAAAAUGAAUGAAGAUCUAUCAACUCAUAAUGUAGAAAAUAAUACAUUUGC